AUGAUUGGUGUCAAAGGAUUAUCCGUGUUUCUGCAUAUUAUCGGAGCAGGACUAGUACUGCAAUUGAGCUUUCCUGCUCUGCGACAGGUCGCAGCAGGUGUCUUCACGCGUGUGAGCCGCACACGGUAUGGCGGCCGCAUACCGACGGAGAAGGAUGGAAGACUUAAGAUCCCACCGACCAAGACAACCUGGUGUGUGCUGAUAUGCAUGGCGUGUGGUUGCUUUAUCGCCUCCCUGCGUGUUGUUAUCGCAGCGAACAACGGGUUCUUACUGGAACGCUGUCUACAGUUUCUGACUUGGACUGCCAUGCUGAUGCAUUACACCACGCUUGUGACUGAGUCAGUCUACCACGAGCGAUAUUUGAUCGGAUUGAGAGGAUGCCUCAGCUGCGUCGUAGUAGCAUUGCUCUCUGUAGUUGAGCGGCAAACGGGCGAGAAAUUAGAGAAGUCCAGCAAGGCUCUGCUUGUGAUGGCGCAGAUUAACCAAUGCAUCGCUGGGAUAUCAAUCUUGAUCAGUCUGUCGUUGCCGCGACGUUCCCGUAUAUUCCGGGACGGAAAGGCAGUUGAUGGAGAAGGCUCAUCUUCCGUUCUGGGGCGUCUUUCUUUCUCCUGGGUGAGCGAGUUGGUCGCACUGGCUGAGGCCCGAGGUCGGGUUACCGUGGAGGAUCUGCCGGAGCUGGAUGAUCGGACACGAGCAAGGGUUCUAAUGGAAGAAUUCACUCAUGCCGCGUCCCAAGAUGCAUCGCCUCGUAGUCAUGAACAAUCCAUACUUAGGCUGUUGCUCCGUUCCCAUGGCAAGUGUCUACGCAAUCAAAUUAUUCUUUCUAUCCCGCUGGCGGUGGUAGCGUUUACGCCACAGUUCGCAUUGUGGAUGAUGCUGCAAUUGCUUGAAGAGCAGUCAGCGAGGCAGUCAGAGAGUGCCUCGUUAGUAUGGUGGGCCUUGGUUUGUGGCCUCACGAUUGGCUUCUCCGCGUGGCUCGAGAACUGGCUGUUGUGGCUGGCGAUGAAUAAGAUCACGGUUCCUAUGACACAGCAAGUGACGGCGAUGCUCUACAACAAAGUCAUCAGUCACCGUCAACCGACUGAAGAUAGUCUCAGUGAUCAAAGCGUAACAAAUCUCAUCUCCAUGGACACACAGCGCAUUGCGGGCGUGGCAGGAUUUCUCUAUUCGAACGUCCUACAGGCAAUGAAGCUCAUUGUCGCCAGUACCAUGCUCGCACAUUUGUUGGGAUGGAAAAGUUUACUGGGAGGAUUAUCCACGCUGCUCUUCAUUACGCCGUUGCACCGGACCUUUCUGCAGAGGUACGGUGCAGCAGAGCGCGCCUUGACCGGUCUUCGGGAUAGCAAGAUGGCCGCCCUGACCGAGGCCCUACAAUGUAUCCGACAGGUCAAGAUCGCCGCAUUGGAACAAAAAUGGGAGGGUAAAAUCAACCAGCUUCUGGACCAAGGGCAGCAGGAACACCGCACGGCUUUCCACUGGUACUUGAUGAAUUUGGCUUGCCAUCUCGUAGGACCUGUUCUAGUCUCUGCAACGGCUAUCGGGAUCUACACAUGGAUACAUGGGAAUCUGACUCCCUCUGUGGCGUUUCCCGCUCUGUCCCUGUUGGGGUACAUGCAGUUCAUCCUGGGGCUCAUUCCGGACCUAUGGUCUGGGAUCGUUGGUGCCAGGAUCAGCUUAACGAGGAUCGGCAAGUUCCUUGCAACUGAGAAGCUCCCGUCGACCACCGUUCCAGAAGAACAUAUAGAGUUUCAAGGCGCCACUAUAUGCUAUGACAUCUCCCAACCAGCUCAGCACUCAGGAACCUUGCACGAUGUAACGGCCAGCUUCCCACCGAAUGAGCUAAGCAUCGUGACUGGUGCCACGGGAGUGGGGAAGAGCCUGCUUCUACGGACAAUUCUGGGGGAAUGCCGAAUACAGUCUGGGAUCCUGCGACGUCCGGUACCAGCUUCAUAUGAUGAGAUAUAUAGAGAGAUGGCAACUGCACGAGGGACGUGGGUAAUUGACCAUGCUGUCGCAUUUGUCCCCCAAUUUCCAUGGAAUGAAGCUGGCACCAUACGGGGAAAUAUUCUCUUCGGCCUGCCUCUCGAGCCAGAAAGAUAUCAAUCUGUGCUGUAUGCCUGCGCGUUGGCAAAGGACUUAGAGCAUCUGGAGCAUGGUGAUCUGACUGAUAUCGGUCCAAAUGGCUGUAAACUGAGUGGGGGACAGAAAACGCGCGUCGCCCUUGCGCGAGCCCUAUACUCUCGGGCGGGCAUCCUGCUUCUCGAUGACAUCUUCAGUGCUGUGGAUAUUCACACCGCGCGGCAUAUCUUGGUCCAUGCUUUGACUGGAAAACUCGCUGCAGGCCGAACGCGAAUUUUGGUGACCCAUCACGUUCAGCUCUGUGCCCCUAAAGCUAAGUACAUUAUAUCUCUCGAUAACGGCACAGUUGCAUUCGCAGGAAAACCAUCUCAUCUACUGGACCACAGCCGCGAGCAGAAUAGAGAUACACCAGAUAAUGAACACAGACAUGAGAUACAUACGUCCCACCCGAUACCAGCGCCACCUUCAAAUGAACCAUUAGCUUCCGGGAAGGGAACAGGGAGUGCUUACAUGCAGGAUGGCAGUCCACGACAGAAUCUCGUUCAACGAGACAUUUUAAAACACUACGUUCAGACCAGUGGUGGGUGGAGGCCAUGGGCUGUCGUAGCGGGGUGCUAUAUUACCUAUAAUGGUCUUUUACUUGGCUUGUACUCCUGGGUGCGCCUGUGGACCGAAAGCGGAUCAACGGCCACACCAGACCCUCGCAGAAUGGCAUAUCACACGCUUGGCUAUAUCAUUAUCGCAGGCGCCGCAUGUGUUAUGGGAACAUUGCGAUGCUACUUCGUGUUUGAUGUGUCACUCCACGCCGCAACGAGGCUAUUCCGCCAAACACUGAAUGCCAUUCUACGGGCACAACUUCAGUGGCUAGAGUCGGUACCUCUAGGAACCCUGGUCAAUCUGUUCGCUUCGGACUUUUAUCUUAUUGACUCACGACUCGGAUUGGAUCUCAUUGGCUUGUUCAGUGCUUCCAUGGACUGUGUUGGUGUGAUCAUGGGUGCAGUACUGGUUUGUCCGACGCUGACAAUCAUCGCUGCGAUUCUGCUUUGCGCCGUGAUCUGGUAUACUAAGCGAUACGUCGUUGCAGUCUGUGAAAUUAAGCAGCUCGAGGCAACCACAAGGGGCACAGUAUAUGAGCAUUUUGACAUGUCCUCACAAGGGCUCAGCACGAUCCAUGCAUUCUGCCGGACGGAAGACUAUACCACUGUGAUGCAUGCAAAGAUUGACCAACAGGCAAAGACCUCUUGGUAUUUAUUUCUGCUCAACCGAUGGCUGACGUUUCGCAUCAAUGUGUUGGGCACGCUCUUCUCAUUAUGCACCCUUUUCUUCGUGGUUACGAGCGAAUCCAUCACGGGCUCUUUCGCCGGGUUUGCCCUGGUUUUCACCAACCAUCUGUGCCAUGCGCUGGUCAUGCUAAGUCGGACGUAUGCGACCGCAGAGAUGGAUUUCAGUGCAGUGGAACGAGCCAUGGAGUAUACUGAGGUGCCCACAGAAAAUAGUGCAGGUGCAAAUGCUCCCGACGGGUGGCCGACGCAGGGGAGAUUGUCUGUCAGGAGUCUAACCGUAGCCUACGCGCCGGAUCUUUCGCCAGUUCUUCACAAUAUUACUUUUACCGUGGAACCCGGACAACGCCUUGGAGUCGUUGGACGAACCGGAGCAGGCAAAUCCUCGCUUGCCCUGGCACUUCUCCGGUGCCUCGAGGCGCGCGAGGGGGCAAUUUUGAUUGAUGGUAUCGAUAUCAGCACUCUGAAGUUGCAUCAUCUACGCAGAAGACUCGCAAUGAUUCCACAAAACCCCAUUCUUUUCACGGGCACCGUCCGAUCCAACCUGGAUCCAUUUGACCAAUAUUCCGAUCGCUGGCUAGUGCAGGCGCUUCGACGGGUCGCCUGGGACAGGCCGGAGGCGCUCCACACCACCGUGUCUGAAGGAGGUUCCAAUCUAUCCUGUGGUGAACGCCAGGUUCUCUGCCUUGCGAGGGCAAUGCUGUCAGACCCAGCUGUGCUCGUUAUGGACGAAGCCACAUCUGCCAUGGAUCACGGCACAGAUCAGUUGAUCCAGCGCUCUAUUCGCUCGCAAAUCGGAGAAAUGAACCCGACCCUUAUUGUAAUCGCACAUCGUCUGCAAACGAUCGCCGACUUUGAUCGCGUACUCGUGCUCCAUGAAGGAAGGGCAGUGGAAUUCGGGUCUCCCCAGGAAUUGAUGCAGUCCCGAAACGGCCUGUUCCGACAGUUGGUGGACGGCGAUGUGGAUAAAGAGAAUCUGUAUAACCAGAUGAAUCUUGCCGGCAGCUACAAGUCAUAG